AUGAAAAUUUCUCAACUUCUGGCAGUGGUCGCUCUGUGCGUCGCAGCCAAUGCUGCAACCAAUCGCGGGCAACUUGUGCGCAUCCAUCAGGUGUCACGACAAGAGUACGAUGAUCUGCUGCGCCUGACCGAGGCCGAAGACAAACAAGACUUGUCUGAGGGACGGCUUAUAUCUGGAAUUGCGGGAUUAGCCACUGGUCUAACCGCAGGCACGUUGUUGCCAGGGCUCUUACAUUUCGACUCCAAUUCGACCUCUAAGGUGGGCAACAAGGGGGCUCCCUUGUGUGUGAUUUCCACAAAUGAUUUGGAUGAAUCCACUGGCCAGAUAACGGGACGCGUCAUUAGCUGGAGCUCUUCUGAUACCUCUGGUAGUGAUUCGAGCAGUGGGUCUGACAAUAAGCCUGCAAGUGGAUGGGGAGGAUGGCCUGGAUACGGCGGUUGGCCUGGAUACGGCGGUUGGCCUGGAUCUAGCAGCGGAACCAACUCUAGCACUAGCACUGAAUCAAAUGUUGUUAAUUGCAUUUUGGUUGUGAAAAGAAAGGACGACGAAAGUACUGGAGCGGACCCGGCUCCAGCAACAGCAACAGCAACAGUGACGCAAGAGCCCCCCAGCCAACGCACCGCAGAUAAUCCGAAACCUUUUAGCCGCAUCAUUGAUGCUUACAAUAGUUAUACCAGUCGGUUGUCUCCCUCCAGAAGACACCGCACCAGGAAUAGUCAAAAGCGUUCACGCGCUAAUCAAGGAACAACCUACCAGCCAGUCAAAUAUCCAAAAGAGGAUUAUGCCUCAAAUUAUCCGAAAGUUUCGCGCAACUAUGGUUCGGUCUACCCAGCUCCGAUAUAUGUGAAGACACCGCUAUACGACCAAGAUAAUUAA